AUGGGCAGGUGGCAGCAGGGAGACGGAAGUGUGGCUGAAGGGAAGGAGGUGAGGGACAGGAGGCCCCUGGACUCUGUGGAGGAGGUGAGGGACAGGAGGCCCCUGGACUCUGUGGAGGAGGUGAGGGACAGGAGGCCCCUGGACUCUGUGGAGGAGGUGAGGGACAGGAGGCCCCUGGACUCUGUGGAGGAGGUGAGGGACAGGAGGCCCCUGGACUCUGUGGAGGAGGUGAGGGACAGGAGGCCCCUGGACUCUGUGGAGGAGGUGAGGGACAGGAGGCCCCUGGACUCUGUGGAGGAGGUGAGGGACAGGAGGCCCCUGGACUCUGUGGAGGAGGUGAGGGACAGGAGGCCCCUGGACUCUGUGGAGGAGGUGAGGGACAGGAGGCCCCUGGACUCUGUGGAGGAGGUGAGGGACAGGAGGCCCCUGGACUCUGUGGAGGAGGCGAGGGACAGGAGGCCCCUGGACUCUGUGGAGGAGGUGAGGGACAGGAGGCCCCUGGACUCUGUGGAGGAGGUGAGGGACAGGAGGCCCCUGGACUCUGUGGAGGAGGUGAGGGACAGGAGGCCCCUGGACUCUGUGGAGGAGGCGAGGGACAGGAGGCCCCUGGACUCUGUGGAGGAGGUGAGGGACAGGAGGCCCCUGGACUCUGUGGAGGAGGUGAGGGACAGGAGGCCCCUGGACUCUGUGGAGGAGGUGAGGGACAGGAGGCCCCUGGACUCUGUGGAGGAGCCUCACACCCUCUCUUCACCCCCUCCUCACCCUCUCCUCACCCCCUCCUCACCCCCUCCUCACCCUCUCCUCACCCCCUCCUCACCCUCUCCUCACCCCCUCCUCACCCCCUCCUCACCCCCUCCUCACCCUCUCCUCACCCUCUCCUCACCCUCUCCUCACCCUCUCCUCACCCCCUCCUCACCCUCUCCUCACCCCCUCCUCACCCUCUCCUCACCCCCUCCUCACCCUCUCCUCACCCUCUCCUCACCCUCUCUUCACCCCCUCCUCACCCUCUCUUCACCCUCUCCUCACCCCCUCCUCACCCUCUCCUCACCCUCUCCUCACCCUCUCCUCACCCUCUCCUCACCCCCUCCUCACCCUCUCCUCACCCUCUCCUCACCCCCUCCUCACCCUCUCCUCACCCCCUCCUCACCCUCUCCUCACCCCCUCCUCACCCUCUCCUCACCCCCUCCUCACCCUCUCCUCACCCCCUCCUCACCCUCUCCUCACCCCCUCCUCACCCUCUCCUCACCCCCUCCUCACCCUCUCCUCACCCCCUCCUCACCCCCCGCUGCUCACGGUCUGAUGGGGGACACCGCAGUACACCCAAAAACCUCUGACGUCUCAUUCAACACGACCCUGGAUCCAAAACAAACUGCAGCAGACACCAGCAGCAGACACCAGCAGCAGACACCAGCUAUAUCUCUCUGGUCUGUCUCUGGUCAGACACCAGCAGACAGACACCAGCAGCAGACACCAGCAGACAGACACCAGCAGCAGACACCAGCAGCAGACACCAGCAGCAGACACCAGCAGACAGACACCAGCAGCAGACACCAGCAGACAGACACCAGCAGCAGACACCAGCAGCAGACACCAGCAGACAGACACCAGCAGCAGACACCAGCAGACAGACACCAGCAGCAGACACCAGCAGACAGACAAACUUGGUCGAUACGGAACGACGCGGUCAAGCCACAGAGAAAGUGGAUUCAUGAAGGAUUUCCCGCAUCGUACUUACAGACAUUCUGCAGUCUCUCCCCCGCGGGGGGUCUGGACCCGGACAGUCUGGACCCGGACAGUCUGGACCCGGACAGUCUGGACCCGGACAGUCUGGACCCGGACAGUCUGGACCCGGACAGUCUGGACCCAAUGCUUUGUUUGGGGUCUUCUUUCCUCUGGAACAAGGCUUUAGGACGGAGGAGCAGAGAGGACCAGGAGGAGCAGAGAGGACCAGGAGGAGCAGAGAGGACCAGGAGGAGUAGAGAGGACCAGGAGGAGCAGAGAGGACAGGGAGGACCAGGAGGAGCAGAGAGGACAGGGAGGACCAGGAGGAGCAGAGAGGACCAGGAGGAGCAGAGAGGACCAGGAGGAGCAGAGAGGACCAGGAGGAGUAGAGAGGACCAGGAGGAGCAGAGAGGACAGGGAGGACCAGGAGGAGCAGAGAGGACCAGGAGGAGCAGAGAGGACCAGGAGGAGCAGAGAGGACCAGGAGGAGUAGAGAGGACCAGGAGGAGCAGAGAGGACAGGGAGGACCAGGAGGAGCAGAGAGGACAGGGAGGACCAGGAGGAGCAGAGAGGACCAGGAGGAGCAGAGAGGACCAGGAGGAGCAGAGAGGACCAGGAGGAGUAGAGAGGACCAGGAGGAGCAGAGAGGACAGGGAGGACCAGGAGGAGCAGAGAGGACAGGGAGGACCAGGAGGAGCAGAGAGGACAGGGAGGACCAGGAGGAGCAGAGAGGACCAGGAGGAGCAGAGAGGACCAGGAGGAGUAGAGAGGACCAGGAGGAACAGAGAGGACAGGGAGGACCAGGAGGAGCAGAGAGGACAGGGAGGACCAGGAGGAGCAGAGAGGACCAGGAGGAGCAGAGAGGACCAGGAGGAGUAG